AUGGUUCACAUCUCAAAACUCCGUCAGUGGUCUACAUGGGGGGCUCUGGCCAAAGAUUUCUUGGAGAGAUUCCAGUUUAAUGUCGAAGCUGUCCCUGACAGAUAUUAUUUGGAAAAAAUCAAGCAAAAGUCCACGGAGGACUAUCGUGAAUAUGCGUGCCGCUGGAGGAAAGAAGCUGCAAAGGUACAACCUGUGAUGACUGAAAACGAAAUAACCUCUGCUUUUAUUCGAGCUCAGGAGCCCGAGUAUUAUGAAAGGAUGUUGCCUAUGAUGGGACAAAAGUUUUCGGAGCUGAUCAGAAUGGGAGAAGCAAUAGAAGAUGGCCUCAAGUCUGGAAAGGUUACAAGUCUCACUGCCUUGCAGGCCGCCAACAAAUCCUCACCAUCCAUGGCAACAGGAUUCGCUAGGAAAAAGAAAGAGGACGUGUCUGCUGUAUCUUUUAGCCCGAGGCCAAGGCCGCAAAGGUAUUUUGGGUCUGGUUCUGCCAUUGGAAACUCCAACCGAUUCCCCACCUCAAAUAUUUACCCACCAUCUCCACAAGCUCCAAUCCCAAUCUACUAUGCACAACAGAACUACCAAGCACCACCGCCCAUCUACCAAAAUCAACCACUAACCUACCAAAAUACACUACCAAAUCACCAAGCCAAUUCACCAGUCUACCAAAAUCCCGGACAAAACAACCCAAAUGCCAACAAUCUACCCCGUCCUAACCUUGAAAGAAAGCCUCCCAGAGUUUUCACUCCUUUGGCAGAAACACGUACCCAACUCUUUGAGCGUCUAAGAGCGGCAGGAUUGAUCCAACCAGUAGACGCAAGGGCAAUUAAUCCCACAACAAAGUUCUUCCGAGCAGAUCAACGUUGUGCGUACCAUUCUGGAGGGGCAGGACAUGAUACAGAAGGAUGUAUCAAUCUGAAACAUAAGAUUCAAGACUUGAUCGAUAACAGGGUCAUCACUCUCCAAGCCCCUGCCCCCAAUGUGAACCUUAACCCAUUGCCGAAUCAUGGAGUAGCUACCAUCAACAUGAUUGAAAGAGACGAAGAUUGGCUUACUAAUGGGAUUAUCGGUGAAGCAGCUGUCAACUCACUUAUACCAACAGUGGCCUCAUUGACCAUAAAGGCCCGUCCAGAGUUUGAAGGAAGCAAUGAGCAGUCCGAAAAAAGGUUUGUUGUCCAGGCGGCCGCCGUACAAGGGAUGACACGCUCUGGAAGAUGCUACAUUCCAGAAGAACUAACUCAGGAGACACGAAGAAAGGAGAACCAGAAAAGGCCGAUCACAGAAGGUGAGGCUGAAGAGUUUUGGCGAAGAAUGCAGCCUAAGGAGUAUUCCAUUGUCAAGCAUUUGGAGAAGACUCCCGCUCAAAUUUCUGUUUGGGCUCUAUUAAUGAGUUCUGAGUACCAUCGAAAAGCACUGUUGAAGGUACUUGAUGAAGCAUACGUGCCGACAGGAACAAGUGGUGAAAAUCUGGCCGCCAUGGUAAGUCAUGUCAUUGGGUGUCAUCAAAUCUCUUUCCGAGAAGAAGAGUUGCCACUCGAAGGGGUUAUGCACAACCGUGCCUUGUAUAUCACUGUCAAAUGCAGGGACAAGUUUGUAGCUCGAGUAUUGAUUGAUAAUGGGUCAGGGCUCAAUAUCUGCCCAUUAUCAACCCUGACUCAGCUAAAAUAUGAUAUAGGAAAAAUCCGUCAAAGCCGCAUGAAUGUAAGAGCGUUUGAUGGUUCGCAAAGAGAGACCAUAGGGGAAGUAGACUUGUGUAUCCAAAUGGGGCCUGCAGAAUUUGUCACUGAAUUCCAGGUGAUGGGUAUAUCUACAAGUUACAACUUAUUGCUAGGAAGACCAUGGAUCCAUGCUGUUGGAGCAGUUCCAUCCACAUUGCAUCAGCUUUUGAAGUUCAUCUGGGAGGACCAUGAAAUUGUCAUUCAUGGUGAAGGGAGUGACCGUAGGUACCCUGGUUUUUCCAUUCCAGUGAUUGAAGAGACUUCUCAGGGUACUGAUUUUCACAUGGUGGAGAUAAUGAAUGCUGCUUUUGAAGACACGACACUGCAAGUACCAAUGCCGCAAGUGUAUAAAAUGUUAGCUGUAACUAUGCUGAGAAGUGGUUUUGAACCUGGGCGUGGGUUAGGCAAGAAUUUGGAUGGCAUAUCCGAACCUCUUCCUAUACCACUUCAAAAUUUUCGAUUCGGUAUCGGUUAUGCCCCAACAGAGGAAGAAUUGUUUGAAGCAGAAACAAGGAAGAAACAUGACUGUGAUAUACCGAAGCCUAUUCCAGUAUUGUACCAGUCAUUUGUUGCUAAAACUUUAGAGCCUGAGAUUGAUGGUCUAGGGGAAGGGAUGGGAAGAUUGUUUGAUGAAGAAGAUUGUGUUGUGAUCUCGACAGAAUGCACAACAACACCCACCAUCCGAGAUGCCGGACCUGGAGAGAUGCUGCAGAAUUGGAUGGCCACUCCACUUAUGAUCCAUCGAAUGGCUUGUAAAAAUGAAUCUAAACCUGCCAAUGUCAUGACAUGUCACGAACACGGCGAACCAAGUAGGGUCGAUGACGAUGAGUGUGAAGAAUAUGAUGAGGAAACUAUGAUGCCUGAACACCUUACCGAGGACUUGAGGCAACUUGAAGACGAUAAAAAGCCCAAUCUGGAUGAAACAGAGACAGUAAACUUGGGAGAUGACGGGUCGAUCAGAAAAACCCGAGUCAGUGUUCAUUUGGCAGCAACAGAAAGAGAAGAAUUGGUCAAGCUGCUCAGACAAUACAUCGAUGUGUUUGCCUGGUCUUAUGAUGAUAUGCCAGGGUUAAGCACUGAUAUUGUUUCCCACAAGCUGCCUAUCAAUUCAGAGUACUGUCCAGUAAAGCAGAAAACUAGAAAGUUCAAGCCCGAUCUGAGUUUAAGGAUAAAAGAGGAGGUCAUGAAGCAGAUCGAAUCAAAAGUCGUUGAAGUGACCAAGUAUCCCACUUGGCUGGCUAACAUUGUUCCAGUGGCGAAGAAAGAUGGAAAAAUCAGGAUAUGCGUGGAUUAUCGGGAUCUCAACAAAGCAAGUCCGAAAGAUAAUUUCCCCUUGCCAAACAUCCACAUACUCAUCGAUAAUUGUGCUAAGCAUGAGCUGCAAUCUUUUGUAGAUUGCUUUGCGGGAUACCACCAGAUUCUAAUGGAUGAAGAAGAUGCAGAAAAAACAGCAUUCAUCACACCUUGGGGAGUCUACCAUUAUCGAGUGAUGCCGUUCGGCCUCAAGAAUGCUGGAGCCACUUACAUGAGAGCAAUGACCACCAUUUUCCAUGAUAUGAUCCACAAAGAAAUUGAGGUGUAUGUGGACGAUGUCAUCAUAAAAUCCCGCGAGAGUUCGGAUCACCUGACACACUUGGAAAAGUUCUUUAACAGGUUACGUAGGUAUGAUUUGAAGUUGAACCCAGCCAAAUGUGCAUUUGGAGUACCUGCAGGGAAGUUACUCGGAUUCAUAGUUAGCAGAAGAGGUAUCGAGCUUGAUCCUUCCAAAAUCAAGGCAAUUCAAGACUUACCUCCUCCAAAGACUAAGAAGGAAGUAAUGAGUUUUCUGGGGAGACUAAAUUACAUUAGUCGAUUCAUAGCUCAAUCGACGGUGAUAUGUGAACCCAUAUUCAAGUUACUACGAAAAGAUGCGCCAACCAAAUGGACCGAAGAAUGUCAGAAGGCUUUUGACACCAUCAAGAGUUACCUUUCGAAUCCACCAGUGUUGGUGCCACCACGUGCAGGUAGUCCUUUGCUAUUGUAUUUAUCCGUCUCAGACAAUGCAUUCGGAAAGCAAUCAAGGGACAAGCUUUGGCAGAUCACCUUGCUGAAAAACCCAGUAGAUGAAGGAUAUGAACCACUUAGAACAUAUUUCCCUGAUGAAGAAGUAUUGUUUGUAGGGGAAGACAUAUCAGAAUCAUAUCCUGGGUGGAGAAUGUUUUUUGAUGGAGCAGUAAACUCUAUAGGAUCAGGAAUUGGAGCAGUGUUGAUAUCUGAAUCAGGGCAACAUUAUCCAGCAACAGCAAAGCUUAGAUUCCGAUGCACUAAUAACAUGGCUGAGUAUGAAGCAUGUAUUCUUGGCAUUAGAAUGGCUCUUGACAUGAAUGUUCAAAAUUACUGA